AUGAUGGAUAAAUGUGAUCAAUUUUAUUUACAAUUACAAGAGAGGACUGAUAAGGUGCCAAAAGGUGAUAUGACUAUUUUAAUGAGAGAUUUUAAUGCUUGUGUUGGUAAACAAGAACAUUUAAUUAUACCCCAGAUGGCCACACCCCAUGCAGCUGAUGUUAAAAAUGAAAAUGGCAUUAGACUCGCCGAUUUUUGUUUAGCAAAUGGUAUAGUUAUUUCAAACACUUUUUUCAACAUAAGACAAUGCAUUAGUGAACAAGAAAUUUCAAAUGAAGUAUUGAUGAAGAGCUGCUGGAAGUAUUGGAACUGACAUCACCUUAUGCGAUCUAAAAUUAAAUUGCAUUUGAAAUUACGAAGAAGAAAGUUCCAACAAAAUCAGUUACAUUUAGAUCGUUUCAACUUACAAGAUGAAAAUAUAGUUAAUCACUUUCAAAAUGAUAUUGAAGGAGUUUUUGAAGAUAAAACAGAUGAUGAUAAUGAUGCUAAUAUUAAUUAAAAAAGCUUCACUUUUGCACAAUGUAUUAAAGAAGCUGCACAAAUGCAUUUUAAAAUAGACAACAAUAUCAACAACAAGAGAAAAGAAUGGAUGACUGAUGAUAUAUUGAAGGUAGUAGAGAAGAAAUCAUCUGCUUAUUUAAUAUGGCAAAAUUACCUAGGUACGUCGAAAAAGAAGAAAUAUAAUGACGAAUACGUAAUUCAUAGAAGAUCAGUUAAAUCAAUGGUAAAUGAAAGUCAAAUUGCAU